CUCCCGCCAGCCCUGGCGGCGCCUUGGUGACGCGUGGGUGUCAUUGGCAUGUUGACCAACAGCCUCCUGCCCUGCCCAGCUGGAGCUGUGCCCCCAGCUGCGCUGCCUGAGGCCUGUGGGUGGGUGGCAGAACCAGGGACGGGGACAGGGAGAUCUGGGAGCCUCGGCCUCCACCGCAGGGUGAGCAGGUGGAGCGGCAGCAGGAGAUGCUGGGCAGGGAGUGUGGCUGGUCCUUCCUGUGCUGCCUUCCUUUCCCUGAAGGGAUUCUGCUCAGAGAGGCAGAGUCUAGGCGACCUAAUUUCUGGGGGUGAGGACAAGAACACGGCCACACCGGGAUGUGGCUGACCGUCUGCCUCCCUUCUAGGGGGCUGGCAGGGGCUUCUGGGACGGUUUUGGGACAGGUCUGGGGCACCAGAACCGGCUCAGGCAGGUCUCCCACCCCUUACCCUGGGGGUCUCCAUGGGAAUGAACGCCAGUUCAUCAGGCACCCAGCUCAGUCGAGGGGGCGGGACCCAGCGCAGCCCGGCCCCUCCCUGGACCAGGACCUCAAAUACCGGUCCCUGCCCUGGUGCCAGAGCUGCUGCCAGAAGGAGUCAGUGCAGUCCUGUGUCGGACACGCCUGCAGCCUGGACCCGGGAUCCCCAUUCCCCUAGGACCUCUGAGCCUCGGGCUUCCGCACCCACAUCCAAGGCGGCAGCGUCUGUCCCCAGCCUCUCGCUCCGCACCAUGGGCGGGCCCCGGGCUCUGCUGGCCGCGCUCUGGGCGCUGGAAGCCGCCGGGACCGCCGCGCUUCGCAUCGGCGCCUUCAACAUUCAAAGCUUCGGUGACAGCAAAGUGUCGGACCCGGCUUGUAGCAGCAUCAUCGCGAAGAUCCUGGCUGGCUAUGACCUCGCGCUGGUGCAGGAGGUGCGAGACCCAGACCUCAGCGCCGUGUCCGCUCUCAUGGAGCAGAUCAACAGCGUAUCCGAGCACGAGUACAGCUUUGUGAGCAGCCAGCCCCUGGGCCGGGACCAGUACAAAGAGAUGUACCUGUUCGUGUACAGGAAAGACGAGGUGUCGGUCGUGGACACCUACCUGUACCCGGACCCCGAGGACGUCUUCAGCCGCGAGCCCUUCGUGGUCAAGUUCUCGGCCCCCAGCUCAGCAGCACAGAAGCUGGUGCUGAUUCCGCUGCACGCGGCGCCGCAUCAAGCCGUGGCGGAGAUCGACGCGCUCUACGACGUGUACCUGGACGUGAUCGACAAGUGGGGCACCGACGACAUGCUGUUCCUGGGUGACUUCAACGCCGACUGCAGCUAUGUGCGGGCGCAGGACUGGGCCACCAUCCGUCUGAGGAGCAGUGAGGUCUUCAAAUGGCUCAUCCCUGACAGCGCCGACACCACGGUGGGCAACUCAGACUGCGCCUACGACCGCAUUGUGGCCUGUGGCGCCCGCUUGCGCCGGAGCCUGAAGCCCCAGUCGGCCACCGUUCACAACUUCCAGGAGGAAUUCGGCCUGGACCAAACUCAGGCUCUCGCCGUCAGUGACCACUUUCCGGUGGAGGUGACCCUCAAGUCCCACCGAUGACUCGAGGCCUGGCUGAGGGAUGCCACCUGCAGACCCUGGCUCUGAGGAAUGGCCCAACAGUGGCCCCUUCAGGGUGGCAGCCACCCUUCAGUGAGGCUCCAAGGCAGAGUCGGCUGGGCGUGGACCAGGGGCCAUGGACACGUGAUGCGCUGCUCUGUACCUCCGUUCCCCAUCUGUGAAAUGGGCUGCAUCCAGCGACCUCAUGGGGUGUUGUGAGCCCCAUGAGGGGUGCAGGGGGCACCGCCCGGCAGUUGUCUGCUCAAUAAAUGAGCCGCUCCUGGUCGGGCCCUGCAGCUUGGCUCCCAGGCCUCUGUCCUUCCUUAGGACCCAGCCUCAGCUUCUUAGGGGCAGCCAUGGCCUGGGCUGCCCACCCCGUGUCCUGGUGGGACCUGGCUGCCCCCAGAGCCUGUUGGCCCCAGAAGGCAGCUCAGGGACGCCCCUUGCUCAUCCUCUGUGGAAACUACAAAUGCUCCCAGUAGCCUGUACUGUGAGCACAGCUGGGACAGGGAUGG